UUAUCCCAUUAAUAUUAGAAGAAUUGUUAACACCUAACACAAAGUUGACUAAUAAGAAAAAAACUUUAAACUCUGCAUUAAGUUGUGAAAUCAUUUGAUUUUUUUUUUUUUUUCAUGGAGUAUUUUUUGUCACUGCCAAAAGAUUGCAUAUCAGAAAUUUUUUCCUUAACAUCACCAAAAGAUGCUGCUAGAUCUUCAAUUGUCUCACAAGGAUUUAAGUCAAUUGUUGAAUCUGACGUUGUUUGGGAGAAUUUUUUGCCUUGUGAUUAUCAACAUAUUAUCAAUAUAUCAGAAUCUUUCUUGGUUUAUUCUUCAAAAAAAGAGCUGUAUUUAAGUCUCUGCAAUACUCCAAUUCUACUUGAUGGAAGCAAAUUGAGCUUUUCACUUGAUAAGAAGACUGGAAAGAAAUUUUUUAUGGUGGCACCAAAGGAACUUGUUUUUUCAUGGGAUCAUACAUCAAGAUAUUGGGGACUCUCAUAUUACCCAGAAUCCAGAUUCUCAGAAGUGGCUUAUUUCCCGGGUUUCCGUUGGCUUGAUAUCCGUGGAACAAUUGCAAGUCAAAUGUUGUCGAAGAGAACAGCAUACGCUGUGUAUCUGGUGUUCAAAUUAACGCCAGAUGCAUUUGAUGGUCUUGAAAUUGGUAAUUCAGUUGUUAGAUUUGUCAAUCAUGAGGCUGAGGAACGACAAAAAGUCAGGAGAAUUGGUUUCUUUAGUGCUCAAAGAAGAGCUGAUGAAUGGAUGGAAAUAGAAAUGGGAAAGUUUUUCAAUGGUGUUGGAGAGGACGGAGAUGUUGAAGCGCGGUUAAUGGAGAUUAGGCGUCGUUUUGGGAUAGGCGGCCUCUUAGUUCACGGAGUAGAAUUUCGACCAGAAUGAACAAGAGAAUGAGUCUCUCUCUUUUAGGCUAUGCUACACGGAUUCUCCAGAAAUAUUGUCACACCUGUGUCGGAUCCUCCAAAAAUGCGCUACUUCUGGAGGAUUCGACACACGCCGCGACAAUUUUGGAGAGUCCGAGCAACACAGCUUUUGGAUAGAAUCAAAUUCUUCUGAAUGCGGCCCUUCUCACCAAAUGAUUUGCUCUAUGAAAAACUAUUUGUUCUGGUGCCUCCUACAAAUGUAAUCGUUCCAUAUAUGUUCCAUAUAUAUACUACUAUAAGUUUGUUUGUGCAGCAUUAACCAGAAACAGGGGAGAUUAGUUUCCUCGUAAUAUAUUGAUAUUAAGUGAAAUGUUGGUUCAAUUUGUACAGGUACAUCAUUUGGCUAAAGGAAAUUUUGGGUCAUA